AUGUCUCUUCCUUUGCAGAUUCCCGAGGAGAAAGCAGAAAAGCAAGAUUUCCUUGCCAGACUGAGCAAGUAUGCGGAGGAGACAGAAUUCCACGGCCUCCGGCGCUGCAUGCAUCCUGAUGUCGCCCUGAUCCGCCGCCUUAUUUGGUUCACCAUGGUCUCGGCCAGCUUCAGCUACUUCAUGUACGGUAUGGUGAAUAGGAUCAAGUAUUUCCAGGGCUCACCCCACAGUACCAGGGUCGACCUGCUUUACGUCUCAAAGAUUGAGUUCCCAUCGGUCACGAUCUGCAACGUCAACUCCUACCGCCUCUCCUCCCUAACCGACGACGACAUCUACAAUCACGGGCAGACCCUGGGGCUCCUCGACAAGGACUGGCAUCUCCUCCACCGGGAACAUUAUGACCAGGCGUUCCAGGACCGCAUAGACGCCAUAGACUGGCAGUCGUACCGGCCUGCGGCACCGGAUUUGGCGGAGUUCACCAAGCGCACCGGUCACCAGAUCAAGGACAUGCUCCUGAUGUGCCGCUGGCGUGACGAGAUUUGCGGCCCUGAGAACUUCACGCACGUCUUUACAGACUAUGGCAAUUGUUACACCUUUAAUUCGGGCCAGAAUGGCUCUGUUUUGACGUCGAAGAAACCUGGCCGCGCCCAUGGGUUGAAUUUGUAUUUGAAUUUAGAAGAGUAUGAUUAUAUGAAUAAUGACCAGACUGUGCAUGCGGGAUUUAAGGUCCUUCUCCACCAACGCAAGGAGCCGCCACUGGUGGAUGAGCUGGGUCUCGGCCUGCAACCAGAAACGCAUUAUCUCAUUGCGAUUCGGAAGGAACUGAUCAUCAACCUUCCAGAGCCGUACGGAAUUUGCGCCAACAACUUCGAGAUGAAGCAUUAUGAGCAGUACUCCGUGGCCGGCUGCAGGCUGGAGUGCACAUCUGCCAGCGUCAUCAGGAACUGUUCCUGUCGUCUGCUGGAACUACCUGACAUGGGUAGCGAAGUUCCACUGUGCAGUCCACACCAAGUGAAAACAUGUGCCAACCCAACAUUAGAAUUCCUAAUGGACAGCGAUGACUGCGUCUGUCAGACUCCAUGCAACAUGUCCAAGUACAGCAUGGAGAUGUCCUCACUCAAGAUACGACACGAGAUGGUGGACAAACUCAAGGAUAUGAACAAGGGGAGGCACACUGAGUCUGGCAUUAAUCUAACGGACACAAUAACAAGUGACAGCCUUGUUGCAAUCAACAUCUUUUACGAGUCUUUGAACUACGAGAUAGUGGAACAAUAUGCUGCCUACCCCAGCGAGGCUCUCUUCGGUGAUGUCGGCGGUCAGAUCGGUUUGUUCAUUGGCGCAAGUGUCCUCACCCUCGCCCACCUCGCAGAGUUCAUUAUCGACGAACUGCUCAUCCUUUGGAAGAAGAUGCGCAAUCAACGUCUGCUCAGGAUGGCUGAGAUACCCGGAUUUAGGUCUGCAGCCGGGCUGGUGCCAGGCAUAACCAACCGAACACCCAACGGGGUACCCGAUGGCUUCAGAGGUAGCAUGUCAGUCUUGAGCAACGGGAUCGGGAUCUACAAACCAGGCACAGGACCAAUGGAAUUAAAGGUCAACGGUCACGACAUGCACAUCGUGGAGAAUACGCACGCUGUCAUUGAGGCGGGAGGGGACGGGAUCACCAAGCUCCCAUUAACGAACUACCCCAGCCAGCUCAGCCUCGACCCAGACGGCACAGUCAGGCCAAGGAACUCUUGA